UGUUGCCGAGUGACCCCGCGAGCUCAGCCGGGAGUGGGAAGAGGUGGGGUCGGAGCCCCUGAAACACGACGCAGCCGCCGCCGUGAAGGGGCCAGAAGACGCGGCCGGGGUUUUAACUCUCGUCUCUCCCGCGGGUACAUUCAAUUCACCCUCCCUCUGUUCAUCCUCCAUGGCAGCGUGGACCCGUGAAGCAGUGCUAAGCCUCUAUCGCAUUCUGCUGCGUCAGGGACGUGGCCUGCGCUAUACUGACCGUGAUUUCUACUUCACCACAAUCCGGAAAGAGUUCCGCAAAAACCAACAUCUUAAGCGGCUUGACGAUAAGGAGAGACAACUGGAGAAAGGCCAGGCUUUCUUGCGCACCAAACUAGGUGGCCUGGUUUAGAAAUUU